CUUUCUUGCGGCAAAUUAAGGUUAUGCUUUCGAAUAAUGGAUGAAAUGUCUAAAAUUCAUACCAUGAGAUGGCUAUUAUGGAUUUUAUUUAUUGAAAUCAAAAAUUCCAAUGGUCAAAAUUUGGUAGUAGGUCAAGCACAAUUAGUUAUUCCGGCCACCAAUCAUUCCAUUAAGACAGAAGUAUCAAAAUCUAUCGUUACUGAACACAAUAAUGGCACCUUUAAUUUUGUAGUAAUGGGUGAUAUAGGCGGAAUUCCAAAGUAUCCCUACACAUCUAGUAUUGGCAGACAUGUGGCGAAGGAAUUGAAACAAUGGUCUAAUUUGAAUUCUCCACGCUUUGUCAGUCUCCUAGGUGAUAAUUUUUAUAUGCAUGGAGUGCGAAAUGUUGCAGAUAAUCGAUUUAAGACAUCGUUCGAACAACUGUACAAUCAUUCAAGCCUCAAUAGUAUCCCUUGGUACGUACUAGCUGGUAACCAUGACCAUUAUGGAAAUGUCACGGCGCAAAUGAUGUACCAAUAUCAUUCGCAAAAAUGGGUAUUUCCCCAAUUAUUUUACACUAAGAUUUACCGGAUAAGCCCAGGAGUCACUAAUAAACAUCUAAGGAAUAUCACUUUACAGUUAGUCAUAAUAGACACCGUUGUUAUGUGUUAUCCCAGCCCUCCAAAGAUAUCGGGGGAAGGUCGUAAGUACAUUAACGAUUAUACAAGAUCUCUACAGAACCUUUGGCUAGACACGGUUCUCUCCAAUUCCAAGGCCGAUAUUUUACUAGUGAAUGGUCACCAUCCCGUGUAUUCUACCGGAAGUCAUGGCCCCACCAAAUGUCUCCUCAAAUCGCUGAGACCGAAACUUCUCAAAUAUAAUGUUUCCGCCUAUAUAAGCGGGCAUGACCACAGUUUUCAGCACUUAGCGGAACCUUCCCAAAAUUUGAACUAUUUCAUCAUCGGUUCCGGAUCCAAGUUAUCAAGAAGCGCCAAAAACAUGAAAUCCAAUCCUAAAGGAUGCUUUAAAUUUCGGUUCGAUCAUAAAGGAGGUUUCGGCAUUUUUAGCAUCAAUCACGGCACUAGGCCCACCAUGAAAGUUUCUUUCAGGGACAGUUCUGGGAACAUAAAAUAUUCGGUGGUUAUAACGAGUCGCGAAUAUUAAAUCGUUUGAGAUUAAAAAGCUUUAUAAAAAAAAUACAUAAUUAAUUCGCUAUAUUCUAGUCAAAUUUACAGAGCUUUAAAAAAUUAUAAGACCCCUAAAAAUAUAUUUAAAUUGAUUUGAUUUGUACAUUAUGAAUUGAAUUGGAUAAAAGAAAAACAAAGUUUUUGAAAAAAAUAUUUUUAUAAAAUAAUAAAAGUAAAAAUAUAAAAAUUUGUCAUUUUAUUAAUUAAAGAUUUUUGGACUUCGUGUUAAAUCAGAAUCUCAUUUUUUAUAUAUUAUUUAGAUUCUUCCGCGCGAUAUUACCUCAUCGUAAUUAUAGCUUAUUUUUACUAUUAUUUGCUUUGCGGGUUAAGUGAUGAAUGUCUAAAAAAAAAAUUAUAUUCGACGAUAAAAUCUUUAAAAAAAGAAGAAGUUAUAUUUAUGGAAAUAUGAAUAUUUGUUUAUAAUUUUAAAAGAAAUGCCAAAAUGGAACGUUAUUACUCCACAAAACUUAUUAUUUUUUUAAAAAAAAUGUUAUAUAACCUUGGAACAAUUUUUUUUUUCAAAUUGCAUGAUAAAAGAUGACACUCAAUAAUAAUAAUAAUAAAAAAGGUUCUGUUU